CUCUACGCAUCGUAAAAUCGCGAUACACUUCUUCGUUCGUUCGUUCGCUGGUUUGUCUGGUCGCAUUUUGCUUUUGCAGUCGCGCUGCGCUCUCUGGCAAGUGAAAGUUUUUUGCAUAACAUUGGCCGUUUCGUGUUAUUUCCGCAGUUUUCGUUGCAUUUUCCGUGUUUCGGUGGGUCCGGUCCCGGAGUGCAUGUUCCCGUGUUUCGUCGUAGUUUUGUGCGAUAGCCGUGCCCUUUUUGCAUUCGUCAUCGCUCAGUUCCUCCUCCCUCGAGCGGGAGCAGAAGGAGAAGGAAGUUCGGGGAACCAAUUAUAGCUGGAGUUCCAGGUUGUCCGGACCAAGAUAUGCUGUAAUCUCGAACGGAGCCGACCCAGAGCAUCAUGACGUGUAAAAUCGACUUCAGCGAGUGCCUCAAGGAUUCGCCCAAGUUCAGGCUACGCCUGGAACAGGAGGAAUCCGAGAUCGACCACCUGGAGCAGAAGCUUGAGAAGAUCAUCAAGAUGUGCAGCCUGGCGGUGGACAGCGGCAAGGAGUACAUCCGCAACCAGAGCGCGUUCGCCACCUCGCUGUGGGACCUGCAGAAGCACUUCCAGGACGACAAAUCGUCGACGAAUGCGUUGGCCAAGCUGAUCCACUGCUUGCAGGAGAUGAACAAGUUCCACACGACGCUGCUGGACCAGGCCAACAGGACGGUGUUGAAGAAUUUGACGAGCUUUUUGAAGAAGGACGUGAAGGAGGUCAAGGAUUACAAGCAGAUCUUUACCAAGGUGUCGGAGAAUAUGGACGUGGCGGUGUACAAGAACUCCCAGGUCAACAAGAACCGGCCGGUGGACAUUGUCGAGGCGGAAAAUUUGCUCUCUGCUACCAAGUCUUGCUUUAACCACGCAGCGCUGGAUUACGUGAAUUAUAUAACGAUGCUGCAGAACCGCAAGCGGCACGAGAUUCUGUCGACGCUGCUGAGUUACAUUCAGGCGUGCAGUACGUACUUCCACCAGGGUUCGGACUUGUGCGAGGACUUUGGUGAGUUUUUUAAGACGCUGGACGUGGAAAUUGGGAAUAUGCGCGGCGAGUACAACCUGCUGGACAAGCAGAUGCAGAAUCGCCACACGUGCGUCAACGAGCUGGCGGAUAACGGGGAGAAAUCGCUAGCGUCGCUGUCGAGCGGAGGAGGAACGCCGUCGCUAAUCUCGAAUGCUUCUGGGGGUGGUGGCGAACCGAGUUCCUCCCAGCAGCAGCCGUACACGAAUCGACCGCCGAACUACAUGGAGGGAUAUCUGUUUAAGCGAACCUCGAACGCGUUCAAGACGUGGAAUCGGCGCUGGUUCUGCAUGCGGGAUAACAAGCUGUUCUAUAGGAAGCGAACGGGCGAGGAGUUGCCCACCGUGAUGGAGGAGGAUUUGCGGCUGUGCACGGUUCGGCUGCUGGCCGACUCGGACCGGCGGUUCUGCUUUGAGGUCAUUUCACCCACCAAGUCACACAUCUUGCAGGCCGACUCGGAAGGUAUGUUGAAGGCGUGGUUCAAGGCGCUGCAGAAGGGCAUCGACUCGGCCAUUCAGCACCACAGUCCGUACAGCAACGAUAUGCGGGGCAUCGCGAGCCAGUCGCCGACGAACGAGAACGCUCCGGGCGGCAGCGGUGGUGAAUUUGGAGGGAUUGGCAGUGACGGACUGCAGCGUAACCCGCGGAAGCCGGUGAAGAAGAUCAAUUGGACCCAGAUCCUGCGCAUUCCGGGCAAUUCACGCUGUUGCGAUUGCGGUAAUUCGGAUCCCAAGUGGGCGUCGAUAAACCUCGGGAUAACGCUGUGCAUCGCGUGUUCCGGCGUGCAUCGGAGUCUGGGCGUGCACUACAGCAAGGUGCGCUCGCUCACGCUGGACGUCUGGGAGCCGGAGAUUCUGCGCGUGAUGAUCGAGCUGGGAAACGACGUGAUUAACCGGGUUUACGAGGCGAACACGGCCAAGGUGAACCGGUUCGAUCGGGCGACGGACAACUGCGAGAUAUCGAUCCGGGAGGCUUGGAUCAGGGCCAAGUACAUCGAGCGGAAAUUUGUGCUUCCUUUGGACAGUGCCAGCGGGCUGGGAAUGGAUCCGACGCCGACGAGCACUUCAUCGUCGACGUUGUCGUUCAAGAGUUUGGACAACGAUAGUUCGAAAUAUCCGGAAAAGUGGAGCAUCAAAAAGCUGCGCCGUAGAAGCUACCGGAAGUUGCUGCGCAAGAAGACAAUCGACGAGGAGGGCGAGGGUCCGUCCAGUGGCGGGAACACCGACACGGAUCCCGACGCCGACGAGAAAGAUGUAAAUUUGAACAUUCCAAAGAAGUUUAACGAUAUUCUGCUGAUUGGAGACAACAUCAUUGAAAAUAAUCACAAUUUGACGGAUGAAAACUUGCUGCUGCUAAACUCGGACCAGGAAUCGACCAGCGGCGAGGAGGACAACGGCAUCAUGGAGUGCGAAGAGUUUGAAAAGUUGAACCCAAACUACCUGCUGUUCAAGGCGGCCAGCGGCCACAACUUGCCAGUGAUGUGCCAGGCGAUGGCCCUCGGCGCGGACAAAAACUGGCGCAAUCCGGACGAGCACGACAGGACGGCCUUGCAUGCGGCAAUCCUGUCCGGUUCGGUAAUGUCCUGCGAGUUUCUCCUGCUCAACGGGUGCAACAUCAACGCCGUCGACCUGAACGGCUACACCGCGCUCUACCUAGCCACCGAAAACGGUUCCACGGCGCAAGUCUACCUGCUGCUCAAGCACAAGGCCAAAUACGACGUCGCCGCCACCAACGGAAAACUCCCAAUCGACAUCGCCGUAGACAAAACCGACGCCGACAUCGUAACCCUGCUGCGGUUGGCCCAACUCAACGACGAGAUCGGCCACGGCGAGGACGGCGAAAGCUACUCCGGCGGAGACUCGACGUACGCCGCGGUCAUGAACGACUUUUCGCACCUCACCUCCAACCAGCCGCAGCGGCUGCAGCGAAAUCGAAAUGCCACCACACCCACCGCCGACUCCAGCAUCAGCUCCAGUGCUUCCACCGUGGUCGUUACCGAUCUGGACGCGGUCGCUCCGGAAGUGCACGACGAGUAGAUGCAGGUAAGCGGGCGUGUACUUAUAGCAUUUAGUAUGAUGAUGAUUGGUUGAGCAUCGCGCGUGAUAGCAAACAACGAUAAAACUCUAAUUUAUUUGAAAAUUUUACGAAAGAUCUUCGAUUUCUCCACCACUUCUCCACUGUGGCAGUAUUGUGAAGCAUGCUUGCUUGUUUUCCUCCCUCACCUGUUAGCGCUUCCUUUCCAUGUCAUUCCAAUAGAUCGGUACCGCACCGAACAAAUCCUACCGCGUUUUGGUCAUCAAGCGAGAAAGAAUUUUAUUAGCCGUUAGUGUUUAUCGUGUUUAAAGUUUACCCAGGAAAAAAAAUAUCCAUAGCGUAUCGUAACAGUAGUCAUUAAAGUUGAACUUGAAUUUUAUUCGAAAAUAAAAAAAAAUCGCCGUUGAAUCUCUUUGAAAUUUUGCUAGAAAUUUGUUAGUGUUUGUUGCAGUUUGAAGCGGGAAGAAGGUUACAAAUACAUAUUCGUUGCUAGACUAAAGUUACUAGGACCGUUGAUUUUGACCGAAUAAAACACACUCUCACUUGAUAUAAGUUGAAACGACUUUCCAGCUGAGAGGAACGAGUAUGAACAAAGAAGAGAGCUAUACACUAAAAUAUAUAUACACACAUACAAACUACACACACCUUUAUCACUGACAAUGAAUAUAACAAUCCACAGAGUAAUCGAAAUAUACAACAAAACAAAGUAUACAGAAUAAAGAGAAACAGCUAAAACUACAA